AUGUUUCUUUUAAUUAUAAAAGAUAAAAAUGUAGACUACUCACCUUUUAAACAUUUGUCUGUUGAUGUUAAAAUAUUAGAAGAAAUAAAAGAAAACAUUUUUGAUUUAGAUUUUUAUAGGGCUGUUAUUAUUUUAGGAGGAGAUGGUACUAUUUUACGCGCUGUACAAAAAUAUAAAGUGUUACCACCAAUAAUCGCUAUAAAUUAUGGCACGUAUGGAUUUCUUACAACGUUUUGUAAAACGGAUUUUAUUAACAAAAAACCCACUUUUAAUAUUAACAGUAUGUAUGGAUUUAAACGCAAUAGACUACUUAUUAACAAUAAUAUAUAUUUUUUAAAUGAGAUAGUUCUUACAUCUAGAGUUAGAAGACUUAACACGUUUUGUAUAACUGUAAAAAAUAAAAUUGACAAAUUUACUGUUAGAGGUGAUAGUCUUAUAAUAAGUACAAUGACAGGUUCCUCAGCGUACAAUCAUUCAAUAAUGGGCCCUACUUUAUUAGAUGAUAAUUGUUAUAUAAUAAAUGUUGUAGCACCUUGCAAGAGUUUAUUUAGGCCUUUGAUAUGUAAUAUAACUGAUGAAGUAACAGUUACUUGUAAUGAUGCGAUAUGUUUAGUAGAUGGUAAGGAAUAUAAUUAUGAUACUAUUGAUGUAAGCUGGGACGGAAAUUUUGUUACUUUUCUGUCUGAUAGAAAAAUAAAUAUUUAUGGAAGUAUGGUAAACCUGAUACAAAAAAAAGAUUAA